ACACAUUUAAAUGCUUUGCAGCACUUGUCAAAAACAAGCCAGUCAUUUCGUGCCGCUUUUUCCCAGAAAAUUGUAAAUUGUAUUGUAACAACUGAAUAAACAGCAAAUUAAAAUGGUUUACGAGAUGGACUUUACCGACACCCCUGUCAGCACUGGCACCACAAUCAUGGCCGUCGAAUUCGACGGAGGAGUUGUGAUUGGAGCUGAUUCCCGGACCAGCUCGGGACCAUAUGUGGCCAAUCGUGUCACCGACAAGCUGACUCGUAUUACAGACAAAAUUUACUGCUGCCGCAGUGGCUCUGCCGCCGAUACUCAGGCCAUUGCCGACAUUGUGGCUUAUUCGCUGAACUAUCACGAGAACCAGACCAACAAGGACGCCCUGGUCUUCGAGGCUGCCUCAGAGUUCCGCAACUUCUGCUACAACUACCGCGACUCCCUGCUGGCAGGCAUCAUUGUGGCCGGCUGGGAUGAGCAGCGCGGUGGCCAGGUGUUCAGCAUCCCAUUGGGUGGCAUGCUAACCCGCGAGCCCUGCACCAUUGGCGGAUCGGGAUCCAGUUUCAUUUACGGCUACGUCCGAGAGCAUUUCCGCGAGGGAAUGAGCAAAGAGGAGUGCGUGAAGUUUGUCAAGCAAGCGGUUCAACAUGCCAUCUAUCACGAUGGCAGCUCUGGCGGUGUGGUGCGCGUCGGCAUCAUCACCAAGGAGGGUGUGGAGCGUCGUCUAUUCUACAACACCGAAUCGGGCGAGUCCGAGGUAGCGGGCACCGGCAGUUCUAUUCUCGUUGAAUAGUCGAAUGGAAUGGAUUCAAAAUGUAACUAAGAUCUGCUUUGAGGACGUUGAAAACGGUCGUCAGGGAAAUAAAAUUUGGUUUUUGUAAUGAUUA